AUGACGCCAUUGGGGAGUGACGUCCCUGCGUACCCGAAUCACCCAGAUCUUCAGAUUAGCAGUCUGAGAUCUGUAGAAUAUGAUGCUCCUGUAACAAGAAGCGGAAAUCAGGGCGGUAGUGGACAGCGGGCUGGUCCACUUCGGAGCCGUCUGGAGGUAGAGCCCGAUGGGGUCAGCUGUGGUGCGAGCGGCGCAGCCCCCCGAGAAGGUACCGUAAGUCAUGGCCUCGAUUCAGGGAAUGCUGAAGGAAACCCCAGUUUGGAUGAGAGAGAAUCUCAUCCCACUGGUGCUCCAAAUAGACGAGACGCGAGAACGCGAUGGACUCAGGAAGACAACAUCCUUUUAAUGCGCGUUCAUUAUAUAGCUAAAGAAAUGCAACCAACAACUGGCAGAUCAUACAGAGAGUUACUCACCGAAAUAUGGAACGACAUCAACCCACACAGACCAUCAUACGCGAACUUACUAUCAAAUCGAGUCAGGUGGCUUUUCGAAAGGGAAAAGUUCACAACAACAGAGCUACACACAAUUGCGCAAAGCUUUAUACCACGUGGAGCUCCAAUAACGGAAGAUAUUGCUGAGGAAGCACAGGAGAAUGCUAGAUCACACACACGUAUGAGCCUCCAACCAUCUAGACUAGAGCGUGAAUACUAUCGGAACCUCCAAUGUUACUCCGGAUUAUCUUCCAGUAAAAGACCAAAAAUACCGAGAAUGAAGCAAUCAAGAGAAAUGCUAGACUGUGUACAGAGAGUGAACAGAACAAUGGAAAGAUAUACAGGAGCUUCCGCAACACUGAGAGAAAUGGUGGAUUGCGUAUACGCUGGAGCGGUCACGGUCUGCGGGGAACUUAAAAUAAACAUAGGCGAGGGUCACACAACUUACAGUCAAGAACAAACACCGCCUUGGAAAUUGAGACUAGAAAAGAAAAUUAAAGUCAUGAGAAAGAAAAUUGGCACCCUACAUACUUACCUUAAUACUAACACACCAACCAACAAGAUCUUGAGAAAAAUACGGCAAAUCGCCUCGGAAUCACGCAUCAGAACCAACAGCUCGAUCCAACUACUCAAAGAGAAACUGAUAGUGGUAUCCGACCAACUGAAACAAAAAAUAAAAGCAUUAGGCAACCGCAUUAAACGUUACAAUGAAAGGGUAAAGAGGUACAGAAACAACCAUCUGUAUUAUAAAAAUCCAAAAGAGUUCUACCGCAGUCUUGACAGCCAAAAGACAUCAGAAGGUGUAUACCCAAGGAAGGAGGAGAUGUUCGAGGAAUGGAAGGGAAUAUGGGAGCGGAGGGAAACUCAUGAAGAUGGGGCCUUCUGGAUAAAGGACGCAGAAAAGGAAACUGAAAACUACGCUAUGGAAGAUCUGAAGAUUAUGGAGGAAGACAUCAAAAAUGUUUUAAAGAAGGCGAACAAUUGGGCUUCUCCUGGAUCUGAUAAAAUCCACAAUUACUGGUGGAAAAACUUCACCGUUACACACAGUAAACUGGCCGAAUUCUUCCAGAGAGCGCUGACAGAGCCCUCCAUCAUUCCAGAGUUCUUUACUCUGGGGGUGACCCACAUGCUCCCCAAGGGCCACAUCAGUCCGGACCCCAGGGCAUAUAGACCAAUUACAUGUCUACCAACGGUGUACAAAAUCCUUACAGGUAUAAUCACCAAACACCUAUGGAGCCAUGUAAGCAAACACAAGAUCCUUGCAAAAGAACAGAAUGGCUGCAGAAGGGAUGCCCAGGGCUGCAAGGAACUUUUGACAGUUGACCACCUAAUAACGAAGCAAGCGAGAAAGAAGUCGAGAAACAUCUCGGUAGCUUGGAUCGACUACAAGAAGGCCUUCGACUCGAUCCCGCACUCUUGGCUUCUCAAAGUUCUUAAACUCUACGGUGUAUCUAAGAAUAUUGUCAUCCUACUGGAACACUUGAUGACCACCUGGAGAACAAACCUAAUAAUCGGCUCAGAUACAACACCUGAAAUAAGAAUAUCAACAGGUAUCUUCCAAGGCGACAAACUAAGUACGCUGUGGUUUUGUCUUGCCUUAAACCCCCUCAGUAAGCUCCUGAACAACAACCGAUACGGAUAUCUUGUGGACACCAGGUCAAAUGUUAAAAUCAAUCAUCAACUGUAUAUAGAUGACCUGAAAUUGUACGCUGCGAAUGAGGAACAGUUGAGAAGUCUCCUCAGGAUUGUAAUAUCAUACACAAAAGACAUUAGGAUGGAAAUGGGGUUGGAUAAAUGCGCCAUAAUACAUGUGAAGAGAGGGAAGCUGGCACAGGGAGGGGAAAUAUUUGUUGAGAAUGAUUUGGCUAUACAAGAACUGAGCCAAGGAGAAACUUAUAAGUACCUUGGUAUCCAGCAAGCGCUGGAAAUAAGAACAUCUCACCAAAAAGAAGCCUUCAAGAAUAAAUUUUUUGAUAGAGUCAGGAAAAUUCUCCGCAGCAAACUAAACUCCAAGGCUAUGUUCACAGCACUGAAUACGUGGGCUCUUCCCAGUUUAGCCUAUUCCUUCGGUGUAUUGAGCUGGUCAAGUACAGACCUAAAGGCCAUUGACACAAAGGUGCGAGUACUGCUGACCAAAUAUGGCAUCCACCAUCCACACGCAUCGGUAAAUAGACUUUAUGUACCUAGGCACCAGGGAGGCAGAGGCCUGCAAAAUGUAGAGAUGGCCCAUAACAAGGCGGUAAAUGAAUUAAGGAAAUAUUUUCAUUCCAAAACCUCACCGUUCUUUCAGUCAAUCUGCCAAGAGGAUCAUGAGAUCACGGCCCUCAACCUGGCAUGCAGAAACAGUCCACCACAAACACCAACCCCUGACCAACUAUUGGAGGAAUGGCACGGUAAACCCCUACAUGGUAGGUAUCCAGAAGCUCUGAAAGAGAGAAGAGUUAAUAAAGAUCUAUCACUCACCUACCUCAAAUGUGGAUACCUGUUCCCGGAAACCGAGGGACGUCUCACUGCGAUACAGGAUCAGGUCGUACCAACGAGAGCAUAUCUGAUGCACAUUGCAAAGAAGAACAUGCCAACCGAUAGAUGCCGAAAAUGCUCUCAGGCAACAGAAUCCAUACAGCAUAUAACAUCUUCUUGCUCCAUAUUAGCACCUCGCGAAUACACUAGUCGGCACAAUGCUAUGGCGAAGGUCUUUCAUCAGGCUAUUGCUGCAAAAAUAGGGCUCAUAACCACCACUCGAAGGGUGCACGAAUACUUACCCAAGACGAUCCUGGAAAAUGACGGCUUCAAACUUUACUGGGACAAUCCCAUGAUAACGGAUAGAGCAGUGCAGCACAACAGGCCCGACAUCGUGAUUUUCGAUAAAAUAAACAAGAAGGUAACCAUCAUCGAUGUAACGGUUCCGGCAGACGACAACAUCACAAAAGCCUACACUGAAAAACUCACAAAAUACCACGACUUGGCUUUCGAAAUGAAAGAAAUAUACCAACUGAAAAUGGUCAAAAUUCUUCCUCUAGUAAUCUCUACAAACGGACUAGUUGAAAGCCACCUGGUAGAGAACACAGAAUUCUUGGAACUGAAUCAAGAUCUGAUAAGUAAGGUACAGAAGGAGGUAAUACUCUGGACAGCGAGGAUAGUCCGCAUGUUUCUUACGGCUACAUAG